AUGAAGAGCCUAGUCCUAUUUGUGUCAAUAGCACUCUUUGUUCCCUUAGCUUUGUCAUCAACAUUUUCUUCAGAUCUCCUCCUUCCUUCUGAAGAAGAAGUAGUUCCUAAUGGUAAAACAUAUGCAUCAGUAGUUGACAUUGAUGGAAAUCCAGUGAAAGCAGGUGCAAAAUACUUUGUGUUACCAUCUUUAAGGGGUAGUGGAGGUGGUCUUAUUUUGUCUAGAGUUGUUGACAAAGAUGUGAAAGUUUGUCCACAAGACAUUGUCCAAGUCCCUAAGGAACUUAACAGUGGACGUCCUGUAGAGUUCUUUCCAGCAUACCCUGAGAAAACUGGUGAAUUCAUUAAAGUUAACAACCCCAUAAAUGUUAACUUUUUUUCCCCUUAUGAGACAUCACGUUGUGCUAAUUUUACAGUGUGGAAGAUGGAUAAGAAAUAUAAAUAUGUGGUAGGUAGAGGGACUCUAGGGGCUUUGAAUCGCAUAAGGAAUUGGUUCAGGAUUGUGCCAUAUGGAAAGGACUAUAGAUUUGUCUACUGUCCUUCACUAUGUGUUCCUUGCAAAAUUAAGUGCUUUGACUUGUUCAUUUCUUAUGAGGAACGUGAAAAUGUUGAAGUUAGACGUUUGGCUGCCUCAGGCAAUGAAUUGCCAUUUUCUGUUUACUUCAAGAAGCUCGAUUAAUCAUCCUCAAAUCUCCCUUUUAUUAUUAUUAUUGUAAUGUAAUAUCUUCUAGCUACUAGCUAUGUGUAUCAUGACUACGUGGCAAUAAUAAAGUUUAAGUCAUCUUUUUGGAUUGUUA